AUGAGAGAAAAACUGAUAAAUGAGGGUGACAAAUUGACACUUGAUAAAGCAGUGGAAAUAUGUCGGUCUUUAGAAUAUGCCCAGGAGCAACUUCGUGAGAUGAACCAAGCACAGGCCACAGGCUCCACUGUCAAUGCAGUCAGAGCUAGGAGGAACACACAGGAGCUACUGGAUACUGGUCACAACUCCUCAGUUGUCCAGCUAUCUGAGGGGCUCAAACCUGACACAGCCAAGGUUUCAGCUAUCAAGGAAAUGCAACCCCCACGUAAUAAGGCGGAAAUUGAAACUAUCCUAGGUAUGGUCAACUACCUGUCACGGUUUGCACCAAAUUUAUCUAAAGUCACAGCUCCAAUAAGACAGCUACUGUCUAAAGAUGUUGAUUUCUGUUGGGAAAAAACCCAAAUGGACGCGUUUCAAUUGAUUAAGGACACAAUCACAGAACCAGGUCAGGGUUGGCCAGAAGCCAAAGAUCAUUGUCCACCACAUAUUCAGGCCUAUUGGAACUACAGAGAUGAGUUAGCUGUAGUUGGUGGCUUAAUCAUGAAGGGCAAUAAAAUUAUCAUGCCCAAAGUAAUGAGGUCAAAGAUGUUAGAGUUAGUUCACUCAGUUCAUAUGUGGGUAGAAAAAUGUCGUAGGAGGGUAGCUGAUGUGAUGUUUUGGCCAGGUAUUUCUGCAGACAUAACAAACAUGGUACUUAAUUGUAGCAUAUGUCUGCAGCAUAGGAAUUCAAAUCAUAGAGAGCCUUUGAUCCUUACAGAAGUGCCUGAUUACCCGUGGCAGUUCAUUGGUACAGAUCUAUUCACCUGGGAAAAUAAAAGCUAUUUGAUUGUAGUUGAUUACUACAGCAGGUACUUUGAGGUCAAAGAGAUCCCAGACAUGAAAAGCCAUAUAAUCAUUAACAGAAUGAAAUAG